AUGGUCACCUUCGCCCUUCCCGUCGACGAUAAUGUCGUCAACGGGGCGAGCGGCACGCCCCGGUCUCGCCCCCCUCUGCCCUUUGCGAAGCGCAGCUUUACCGCAUCUCCCUACAGCGGCAGCCCUGCCAAGCGCAACGGCACCCCUCACAGCUCGUCGUCGAGAAAGCUGUUGACCACGCGCGACGAGGUUCCCUCGAGCAGUCUGAACAGCAACUCAAUCGCGGCGGCGCGAAACAUCUUCAGGGCGUCCACGUUCACGGAUAGCCCCCCCGCAACCCUCUUCUCCCCGAAGCUGCCGCAGAGCACGAUGAAGAAGGUUUUUGCGCCUGGCGCGACCCCCGAGCCGUCGCGCGUUUACCGAGAGUCCACCGUCCAGGCGACCCCGCGUGGUAUGGCCGCACGGGCGACGGACAAAGAACUUUUCCAAAUGCGCAUCUCGUCGCCCCCAUCCGAGCUCACGGGCGAGGCCCUCACGCAGAAAAUUCCCAAAGACUGGAACGCUAAGGGCUCCAUCUAUGCGGAUCAAUUUCUCGCGCAUCUCUGCCCUCCCAAUCUCGACGAGGAGCAGCGCCGCCAGUUCUUCUGCAUUCUCGACCUUCGACGUCUCAAAUACGCAGCAAACGAGAUUUUCUCCAAGAAAGAUUGGAAGCUCAACGUCAUGAACUUCGCCAAAGAGUUCGAGAAGAGCCGUAGCAUCAUCCUCCUGCGAUACGGUCUGUACGAAUUCCAGAACGUCAAGCCGUCCAAAGAGGUUCUCAAGAGAUGGCGUCGAGAGCAUGGCCUUCCCGAGCCCGAGGACGAGGUGGUCGAGCCUACGCCCUCGAAGCUCUCCUCAAAGAAGCGCAAGGCCGAUGAUCAACUCUCCAAGCAGUCUGCCACGGCGGAGAAUGCCACCGCCAAGGGCAAACGCAGAGCCAUGGCCCAGGAGGACGAUGAAGAGCCUGUGGUUGCUACUCCUGCUCCCAGCAAGAACAAGCGAAAAGCGUCUGUAAGUGAAGAGCAACCCGCCAAGAUGCAAAAGGCCACACCGUCCUCGGCAAAGACUCUGUUUGAGAAGAUUGCGAACAAGCCUGCCACGCCGGCUCAGGCACCUGAUGGCGUGGCCAGCGCCAAGCCGACCUCCUUCACCGCCAGCAAAUCUGGCACCAACAACCUCGCUCGAUCCGUUUUCACGAACUCGAAGCCAUCCACACAGGCCGCAGCGUCUGGCGGCAACAUCUUUGGCUACCUGUCGGAUGCGAGCUCCGCCAAAAACAGCGGUGUCGAGGCUGAUGCCGAGAGCGAGAGCGAGACGGGCUCCGACGAGGGAGAGAGCCCUGAGGCCGGCCAGAGCGACGAGCCGAGCGUCGCUGCCAGCGGUACCGGUGAGACUGGCUCUCAGACAGGAUCCAACUUGUUUGGAAAGAAGCCGGCGCCGACCAGUGGCUUCGUCAUGGGUGCUUCCAGUGACGCUGGCACUCGGGAGAGCACACCUGGCCGCAGCCUGUUCGAGCGCGUCUCCAAGGACAGCGAUGGCAAUCCCCUUCGAGCUGAGGAAAAGGCAGAAGCCCCAGUGGCACCCGUCGAUCAGACCUGGAACCCGAGUACGACGCCCAUCAAGUUCGCGCCGUCUACCCAGAAAAGUUCACUGUUUGGUGGCACUUCGGCACCCGCAAGCAACAUGUUUGCUUCCAAGGGCCCUGCGUCCAAUAUGUUUGGUUCCGCCAAACAGGACACGCCCUCAGCGAAAGAAUCUUCGGUAGGAACAAGUGCAGACGAGGGGGGCAAGGAUGGCGGCGAAUCUGACAAGGAGAACGAGACGCAGCCGGCGAAGAAGGGAAUGUUCGAAGGCAAAGUUCCGACACCUGCGGCACAGCAGACUUUCGCGCCGUCCCUGUUCCAGCAGAAACCGGCCGCGCCCGAAGCCCACAAGCAAGCAGACGCACCUAAGCAAGCGCCCAGCCUGUUCGGCGGCACACCCAAGGCCGACGGCCAAGCUCAGGCUCCUGCCACUGGCAACCUUUUUGGUACGUUGAAUAAGCCAACUGAGGCGACCGCAGCGGCACCCGCCACACAGCCGACCACGUUGUUUGGAGCAAAGCCGGGGGAGUCGGAGAAGCCCGCCGAGGCUGCUGAGGCGCCAAAGUCGACACCUUUGUUUGGAAGCCAGAGCACCAACCCGUUCGGUGGUACUGGCGCGGCUGGCUCCUUGUUUGGAGGCAAGCCUGCGACGUCCCCGGGCAGUGCACCUGGCAGUGGCGCCUCGACUCCGUCGGCUGCUCUCUUCGGCGGUGCCUCCGCCACGUUUGGCGGUAGCUCGAUGGCCCCGGCAAAGACUGACAGUACGCCAGCAGCGCCCGCAGCUGCCGCGCAACCUACCUUCACCUUUGGUAGCUCGGCGGCGAAGCCUGCCGCUGGUGCCUCGGACACGGCUCAGAAGCCUCUCUUCGGCGGAACCAAAUCUCCUCCUGCUGCCACCAGUGGCAACGGCAUGUUCGACGGUAGUCCGAUGAAGCAGGAUGAGCCGUCGCCUGCCAAGAAGUCAUUCAUGGGCGGCAGCAACACUGGUGCGUCGACGCCUCUAUUCAGCUUUGGGGCUUCUCAACCGACCUCCACUGCCCCGAGCACCAACGCUUUCGGCGCGACGUCUACUCCCGCCGCGAACGAUGCAAGUGGCUCUGGAAACCUGUUCGGAGGAGCCGGGUCUGCACCCAACGGAGGUUCCGGCAGUUUCAACUUUGCUUUCGGCGGAGGCAGCUCGGCUGGGUCAUCCUUCAACAACCCCUUUGCCGGCAACUCCAACUCUGGGACUGGAACGCCUGCGGGUGGAUCUUUCACCUUCGCGGGGCCCUCCUCGGGGCCGGCCAGCGGUUCCUCUACGCCGUUCCAGUUUGGAGGCGCUGCGCCCAGCGGCGCGACGCCGGCUGCUUCCGGUGGCUCCCUGUUUGGCGCAAGCCAGCCUGGCAGUAGCUCGACUCCAGCGUUUGGAGGGGCCUCGUCCUCUGGUGGUGCUCCGGCCUUCAGCUUCUCUGGUGCGCCGUCGCAGCCGUCGCAAGGAACUGGCUCCAUGUUCGGCUCCAAGCCAGCAGCUCCUGUCUUCAGCGGUCUUCAGCCACCUGCGGGCGGAUCGUCCACCACCGGGACCAACUCUCCCCUAAACCUUGGAGGCGGCUCGAGUUUGGCAACUACACCCGCCGCGGGCACCCCGGAACCAACGAACCAGGCCGACGGAGCCAAUGGGGGCGACAAUGAGGAAGGCGAAAAGCACGAGCAGAUCAAUCUGACGGACAGCGUGGAUGACGAUGAGGAGAUGCUGCACGAGGUGCGGGCCAAGGUACUCAAGUUUGUGCCGCCGGGCGACAAGUCGGACAGCGACGACAAGGCCAAGUCCAAGAGCCCUUGGUCGACCCAGGGAGUCGGCCCUCUGCGACUGCUGAAGCACAAGGAGUCGGGCGUGGUGCGCCUCCUUCUCCGUGCCGAGCCUCGCGGCCAUGUCGCGCUGAACCGAGCAUUGCUCCCCAACAUGUCGUACAAGUCGGAGGAAAAGUACGUCAAGAUCACGACAUCCAACGAGAAGGGAGACGGUCUCGAGACGUGGAUGAUCCAGGUCAAGACCAAGGACUCGGCCAAGGAGCUUGGCGAGGUCUUGGAGAAGAACAAGGAGGCGAACAAGAAGUGA